AUGUUUGUGCCACCUCCAGCCGGUGCUGCCUCUCCUGUGCCACCUCCAGCCGAUGUUGGUUCUCCUAUGCCACCUCUAGAGGGUGUUGACCCACUACGUGAGGAUGUUGAUUUGGAUUACCCGGGGGAGAAAGAGCCCCAAAAAUUCUAUAACCAUGGGCGGAAGAUAUUAGCUUUGGAACAGCCACAUGAGGCGUGGUUCCAAGAUGUCCUCACUGCCUCUGGUUUGAAAGACCUUUGUGAGAUCGGGUACACCGUGAUCCACAACAGGAUGCUCAUGGAAUUUGCAGAGAGAUGGCACCCUAAGACAUCUUUCUUUCAUCUACCUCAUGGUGAGGUCACUAUUACAUUGGACGACGUCUCCUGUCUAUUGCAUAUACUUAUUAGGGGUGCCCUCCUCCGUCAUGGUAGGAUGAGAAAGGAGGAAGCGAGAAACCUUCUGGUUGAGGAGCUUGUGCCUGAUCCAUUAGAUGCGGUUGAGGAUGUGGAUAAGACUCACGGCGCUCAUGUGAGGUAUUCCUUCCUGGUGCAGAGAUAUACUGAUGCACUAGUUGCGGCACGAUAUGCUGAUGGUGACCUAGCUGAGGUGGAGAUACAUAGACAACAUGGGUGGAUAUUACAGCACUUCCAGAUGAUCAUUGGCUGGGGAUCUAUGCAGGAGUACAUUGAGGUCUGGCCACGUGCUCGUGCCUUCAUCCCCCUCAGAGGGAUCCAGACGGUGGAGCCUUACAGAGUCUAUCUGGACCACAUUGUUGCCGAGGACACCCGCUACGACGCAUACGCUACUCACUGUGAGACGCGCCUAUUUGAUGACAUUGCAUUAUUCUCUGGAUGGUUGGCAUGCAGUUCGACCAUCACUGUUCCUUAUCUUCCGGAGCACGUCAUACGGCAGUUCAGCUACUGUCAGACGAUACCCCGCCACCCUUUUGUUUCCGUUCGUCUUGGCUUGACUCGUAGGCAGAUAGAUGACAUAUUUGCUGACUAUCAGAACCACAUGGUUCCAGACGAGGCUCGGGCGACCAGAAUAGAGAGAGACUGA